AAUAGGUUCUAUUAGUUCCAGCAUCAUGUUAGCAUUAUUUCAAAAGAUUUUUCACACUCUGCCGGUAGUUUCGGGUGAAUCAUUGAAGGAUACCCAUUAUUUUCCCAUUUUCGCACACUCGCAUGUGAGACUUUACGAGUAUAAGCGAUCUUGUCCACACUGGUCCUAUCAAUCCAACCUCUCAAAUGGGUUGAACAACUGAGCUGUAAGUAUUCAUGCAUGCGGGGUGGAUAUUAUCUGUAUUGCCAUAGAAAGAAUGCAGCAUUCCCCAUUUCCAGUUAUCUUAUAAUUCAAAAAUCUUUAAAUAUCGAUUGUCUCCCACAUGUUGACUUUGUCUUGCUCGAGAUUCUUGUGCAACAGCUAGCCAGGUCAGCAUAUUGUUUCCGAUCGUCUAUUCAUAUAUCAAGGUCGAGAUCAAUUACAUUCUUAACUCCUUCAAUACUCUUCCUUUUCAGAGUAAUCGUGCGACCAAAGUAACAAUGGGCUCGAUCCAGCCGGAAGAGAUAGAUGUGCUACUGGUGGGAGCUGGAUUUGCCUCCUUUACUAUGCUAAAUAAGUAGGUCUAGCCCACCAUAUCUAGCGGCCACUAUUAACAAAUCAUUUAGGCUCCGCAAGCAAGGACUCAAGUGUAAAAUUUACGAGAAGGGUUCGAAGAGCGGAGGUGUCUGGUAUUGGAAUAACUACGUAGGCUUUUAUAUAUAUUUUUUAAAGCCAUGAAACUUACAUACAUACAAUAGCCCGGUGCUCGAGUCGACUCCCCUGCUCCUAUCUAUCAACUAUACGACAAGGAAUUAUGGGAAGAUUUCACUUUCACGGAGAAAUAUCCGGGCGGAAAAGAAAUUCGUCGAUACUUCGAGCACGUUGAAAAGAAAUGGGAUGUUAGAAAAGACAUUGAAUUCGACAAGCAUGUUGACGGAGCUACGUUCGACAAGCAGCGAAAUCAAUGGCUUGUCGAAUGUUCUGAUGGCUCCGAAGUUUAUUGUCGAUGGCUCAUUCUUUGCAUAGGAUUUGCGUCUCGUCGAUUCACGCCACCAUUCAAUGGUCUCAGUAACUACAAAGGAGACACGUAUCAUACAGCAGUCUGGCCACAACAUGGUGUAAACCUGAAGAAUAAACGAGUUGGUGUAGUUGGUACUGGAGCAACUGGUAUUCAGGUGAUUCAAACCAUCGGACCUGUGGUCAACCACCUCACCGUCUACCAACGAACGCCUAAUUUUACUCUACCGAUGAAUCAAGGGCUUCUAGAACCAGAAGAAGAAGCCAAGAAAAAAACUGAAGGCAAAUACGAAGAAGAAUUCACAAAAACGAGGAAGACAUUUGCCGGCUUCCCAUUUACUUUUGCUGAGAAAAAUACUUUCGAUGACACACCGGAAGAACGGGAGGUCCAUUAUGAUAACCUCAUGAAUAAACAGGGUGGUUUUCAUUACUGGCUCGGCAACUACAAAGAUUUAUUCUUCGAUCAAAAAGCCAAUGACGAAGCCUACAAGUUUUGGCGCAAAACCGUGUGCAAACGGAUCCCGGAUAUCAAAAAACGAGAGCUUCUGGCACCAGAAAUUCCACCUCAUCCAUGGGGGGCCAAACGGCCAUCUCUCGAACAAAACGUAUAUGAAGUUUUUUCCCUCCCACACGUUGACAUCAUUGAUGUCAACGAAUCGCCAAUUCUUGAAGUCACCGAAAAGGGAAUCAGAACAAAGGACGGAGAAGUAGAAUUUGACGUCCUGAUCCUUGCUACUGGGUUUGAUUCCUUGACCGGAUCGCUCGCCCAGCUAAACAUUCGCGGCAUAGAUGGCCACACCAUUGCUCAAAAGUGGAAAGAUGGGACACGCACAUCUAUGGGCAUUGCGAUGAACAAUUUCCCCAACAUGUUUUACCUCUACGGAGUCCAUGCACCCACUGCAUUCGCGAACGGACCAAGCUGUGUACAAUCCCAAGCAGAACAUAUAUCGGAGACCUUGAGAGGGUUGACGGAGAAGAAUAAAAUCUACUUUGAGGCAAAGGAGGAGGCGGAGGAGGAUUGGUGCAAGAGGCUGAAUGAAGUUUGGAGUAAUUCUCUAUUUCCGCAAGCGAAGAGCUGGUACCAAGGAGCGAAUAUUCCAGGAAGAAAGGUUGAGCCUCUCAGCUGGUAAGUUUUUUCAGAUAGAUGCAUGUUAGUCCGUCUAAAUACUGAUACUGAUAUCAACAUAGGCUUGGCGGCAUUCCGGAAUACAUGGCGACUUUGGCGAGAAGUAAUGAGAAUGACUAUCAGGGAUGGAUUACAAAAUAGGAUUGCCACAACACAGGCGGAGUAUGGAUGUUGGUCGAAAAUACAUCACCAAUUUUUUGUCAUGGGGUACUCGUAUAGGCCUCAGCUAGCUCUAGUUCUAGGUUCUCCAUUGAAUGGUAUCUUCAUUUCGCCAAGACACCAUAAAAAACUACCGAGUCACGUGAAGUUAAGGUUACAGUAGCACCAUCCCGUGUGCUCUGGCUACCUACCUCAACGUUGUGUGACCUCCAGGCACCAUGCAAUUGCUAAACAACGAAUGAAUUCAUCACUAUGCUGAAUUGAGGCUGAGCUGCAU